CUGUAGGGUUAAUUUAAAGGUUACAAAUAUUUUGAAAUUCUAGCACUAACAAUGGAGGUCUCCCAACAUUAAUUAAGAUUUCAACCAGCAUGAAAGCUGUACCAUCGCAUUUAAUGGACGACGUAUUUCAAAAUGAUUUGAUUUUAGAAAACAUAUUUACCUCGCUGAAUCUACCAUCUCUUAGGAGUAUUCGGCUCGUGUGUAUCAAAUGGAACCAGUUAUCCGGUCGAAUGUUUGCAGAUAAAAGCCUGGUGCGACUUCGACUCGUGCAAAACACAUACAGCUCGUCGGACAUGAUUUACACAAACCUGGAAGUUAAUGGAACGUCUAAUUUCACAAUUCACUCUGGAAAAUGUAUAAAGUCUGUAAUAGGAACGCAGUUGGAUUCUUUUAAGAAUUUUGCUAUUUUAUUUAACACUUAUCAACACAGUGAGCAAGCUUAUGCUGACAUGCUUCAACUGGUUCGUCACUUGUGGAGUCCAACCGGCUCCAUUUCUCACAUGGAGACAUUUGAUGAUCCCAGGAUACCAAAAAGGCUCCUGUUUUCAUUAGUGGAAGCCUUUAAUUCGUUUCGUAAAGUUGAAAUGACGCUGAACUUCCGCACUGGAUAUGAGAACGGGCUCCAGUUCAACUGCGAUACUUUAAACGUCGUGCAACCUUGCCCAUACAGCUCUCUUAAGGAUGGAGUUAUGUCUCAUUUCUUCAACUUAAAGCGAAUUAUUUUUAAUCACUGUUAUAAUCUGAAAGACUUCUUCGCUUAUAUGGAAACAAAUCUCAACAAGUUUGACAAACUUGUCGAGAUCGAAAUAUUCGACUGCAUCGGCAAUCUAUAUGACUUGAAACCGCUUUCUCGACUUGAACGCGGUUUGAAAACACUCAAAAUUCAACUCUACAGCGAUCACGAUACGAGAGUUGAGUUUGAUGACUUUAUCGUAUUGGAAAUGAUUCUUGUACGACAUUCUAGCACUCUCAAGGAAUUAAGCUUGGCAGUCCUCUCAUUACAAAGAGAAAAGAUAACGCCCAUUCCUAAAUUCGCUUCGAUAAAAUUUCCUAAAUUACAAAAAUUGGCGUUAGACAUGACAGCGUUUGAGCAUUGUACGUCCGGAUGUACGGAUAAGAUGGAUAGCCGAGAUAUUUUUAACAUUGGGGUCGCAGUUGAAGGUGGAAACUUCCUAAAUCGCUUUCCACUUUUGACUCAUCUUGAAAUCAGUCUUGCUCAUUCGACCUUUCAAUCAAUUUUAUCAAGGAUUACGGUCGAAGAACUGGAAGGCAAAUAUAAUGUUUAUGUGCGGCAGGAUAAGGUAGUGAAAAACUGGUAUGAGUGAUAAUGUUCCCCGGAUUGAAUACAUAUAUUUGUGUAUGUUGAAAAUUUGUGCAUACGGUUAGAGUUUCAUUUCGUCGCUGAAGGCUUAUUCUUCAAUAAAAUUGUUAAAUUCUGAAUUUAUGUAUGACAAUAAAAACAAAUGAGCAUUGUAUUCUCGUAGAUUGGAAGAAUGUUAAGCAGGCUAAAUUAUUAAUUUAUUGAAUAUAUUUAUUUGUAUAACAAAGACAAAGGAACUAGCAUAUGCAAAUUAAGUAUUUAUGUAUAAUAUGCAAAUACGUAUAUAUAAAAGUACUUAUAAAAAUCUAAAGCAUGCAGUAAUUAAGUGGAAUGUAUAAUAUACUGCACAUUAAGCUAGCACACGUGAAAUUAUAAUAUUAUCGAAUAUUGUUUCAAGAAUCGGAAAAAGUAAUAGAUAACUAUCAAUACCAAUGUAAAUAUGUGAUACAUGCCAAUAUUAUCGACAAACUGAGCAAUUUAUUAAAUAUUUAAUAAAUGCACGUAGGUAUGUACAUAUCAGCUAAUGUACGCUAUGCACUACAAUGCAUAUACAUACAUGUAAUUAAAUAACUGUACAUAUAUCUAGACAACUCAACCUUCAAACUUUUAAACAAGUAAUCCAAUCAGCAAUUUAUUAAACCUACAAACUUGCUGUAUGA